UGCGUGAGGAAUGACUGUUUUUCCUUUCUGUUUCUGCUCCUAUCUUUCUGCUGACCACACUGAUUGAGCUCGUACUCAAUUGAACCGUCACACCCUGCUACCGAGAAGCUAUGUGCGUGUGUGUGUGUGUGUGUGUGUGUGUGUGUGUUGAGCAAGAGAUGAGUCAAAAUUUUGAGGGGGGCAGGAUUUCCUUUAUAUAGGAUGUGUGUGAGUAGAUGUACGGGCAGCAGACAGCCUGAUGCCAUGUCGCCAGCUAUCAGGGUGUGCCAACUUUCCUCUUUCCGCCAGUUGCAUUUUACAAGAUGCCUUAUCAUCAAACCCACACAAAGUUCCAUACCAGUGAUCUGUGCCCUUUUGACCUGGAAUACACCCAGCAGCCAUGACAACAUCUGGAUCCAGGGCCUUCCUCCUCCUCCUCCUCCUCCUCUUCCUCAUCUCCCUCUCACAGCUGCUUUAUCACAGCUUCUUGGACCAGAAGCUCGGUCCGGAGAAAUAUCCUCCUGCUGUUCCUCAGAGAAACAUCUGUAUCCUGCUGUGGCACUGGCCAUUCGGGCGCUCUUACAGGCUCAAAGGAGACAAAUGCCUCGAGAUGUACAACAUCAGCCGCUGUUUCCUCACCGCUAACACCUCCGCCUUCUCCACUGCUGAUGUGGUUGUCUUCCACCACCACGAGCUGAGAGGAGGUCUGUCCUCGCUCCCUCUGCACCUGGAUCGCCCAGCCUCCCAGCACUGGGUGUGGCUGUCCAUGGAGCCUCCUGUCAACAAUGGAAACCUCACACAGUUCGCCGGCCUCUUCAACUGGACGAUGAGCUACAGACGUGAUGCCGACAUAUUCAUCCCCUAUGGAAAGACCAUGGUGGGAGGUGAUAAGCUAGGCUUUCCGGCUGCUUCAAAUCGCUCCUGCCUUGUCAGCUGGAUGGUGAGCAAAUACAAGCCUCACCAGGUUCGGGCUGGUGUUUAUCAAAGUCUAAAGAAUCAAAUCCCCAUAGAGGUGUACGGCAAGUGGAACAGGAAACCCCUGUCAGCGAAGAAGCUGCUGCCCACAAUUGCAAAGUGUAUUUUUUACCUGUCGUUUGAGAACUCUGAGGCAAAGGACUACAUUAGUGAGAAACUCUGGAGGAACGCUUUCCAAGCAGGGGCCGUGCCAGUAGUUCUCGGGCCCAGCAGGGCGACCUACGAGGCCCUGGCUCCACCUGGUUCCUUUAUCCAUGUGGCUGAUUUCAAGAGCACAGCAGAUCUGGCUGCCUAUAUGAAGCAUGUAGCUGCAGACAGACAGGCCUAUGAAAAGUACUUCCAGUGGCACCACACUCACAGAAUAAAAACCUACACUGACUGGAGAGAAAGGCUGUGUCAAAUCUGUGUUCAGUACCCCAGUUUACCAGCCAAUAAAGUCUAUCAGGACCUGGAGAGCUGGGUUAACAGCUAACAUCUUCAUACUUUUUUUUUUGUGUGUGACUGGGACUGUUUAUAUGCUGCUGGGUUACCACAUGCAAAUGUGAAAUACCAUACAGUGACAAUUGCACGCAGGAAUACAUGGGUCUCUGUCAGCUGUGCAAUUUUGGUAAACAGUGAGGAACUUCACACCACAGAAACAAAUCUCACACGGUUGGUUGAGUUCGCUGUACACUAUGCGAAAAUGCGGAAGUGGUAACUUGUGUAACCAUAAAUGCAUGUUCCAUUUGUUGAAACCACAGAGGUAAGCAUAUCUUUACAACAAGCUAGUGAUACUGCAAACUAUGAGGGGUAUUUAUUAUUUAUCACCUGAAAUAUCUGCUCAUGAAAAAACAUUAAGAAAGACAUUGUUUUCUUCAUGUGAUUGUCUGCUCAGGAUCUUGGUGUGCUUCAAACUGAGUACUUGUUUAACCAUCUAUUCCAUGGUUAGGGUUCGGUUAAGUUUACGCAACUGAAACUAUUUGGUUAAGCAGAGCGAAGUUAAAAUGGAAAAAGCUAAUGAAAUUAAUAAUAAGAAUAAUAACCUUAUUUGUAUAGCACUUUUCUUAAAGGGACUGUUUGUAACUACUUACACGUAUAAAUCAUUGCGGGUCGGUGUCCCAUGUGC